AUGCCUGCUCCAACAACAGCAACAGCAACACCUGCUCCAACAACUACUGCAGCAACAACAGCAGUAACAUCUGCAAAAACAUCUGCUCAAACAAUAACAGCAGCAACAACACCUGCAACAACACCUAUUCCAACUAAUGCAGCAGCGACAACAACAUCUGCUCCGAUAACAACAGUGGUAACAACAACGCCCGCUCCAACAACUACUGCAUCAACAACAGCAGUAACAACAUCUGCUCUGACUACAACAACAGCAGCAACAUCUGCAACAACAUCUGCUCAAACAAUAACAACAACAGCAACAACUGCAACAACAACUGUUCCAACUAAUACAGCAGCGACGACAACAUCUGCAACAACAUCUGCUCAAACAACUACUGCUCAGACUACAACAACAGCAGAAACAACACCUGCUCCAAUAACUACUGCAUCAUCAACAGCAGUAACAACAUCCACUCCGACUACAACAACAGCAGCAACAACAUCUGCAACAACACCUGUUCCAACUAAUACAGCAGCGACAACAACAUCUGCACCGAUAACAACAACAGCAGCAACAACACCACCUCCUCCAACAACUACUGCAGCAACAACAGCAGUAACAUCUGCAACAACAUCUGCUCAAACAAUAACAGCAGCAACAACACCUGCAACAACACCUAUUCCAACUAAUGCAGCAGCGACAACAACAUCUGCUCUGAUAACAACAACAGUGGCAACAACAAUGCCUGCUCCAACAAGUACUGCAUCAACAACAUCAGCAACAACCACAACACCUGCUCUGACAACUACUGCAGCAACAACGACAACAGCAGGAACAACACCAGCUGCGACGUCAUCUGCAACAACAACAUCUGUUCUAACUACAAUAACAGCAGGAACAACAUCUGCAACAACAUCUGCUCAAACAACUACUGCUCCGACUACAACAACAGCAGCAACAACAUCUUCAACAUCAACAUCUGCAUCGACUACAACAACAGCGGCAACAACAUCUACAACAACAGCAGCAACAGCAACACCUGCUCCAACAACUACUGCAGCAACAACAGCAGUAACAUCUGCAAAAACAUCUGCUCAAACAAUAACAGCAGCAACAACACCUGCAACAACACCUAUUCCAACUAAUGCAGCAGUGACAACAACAUCUGCUCCGAUAACAACAACAGUGGCAACAACAAUGCCUGCUACAACAAGUACUGCAUCAACAACAUCAGCAACAACCACAACACCUGCUCUGACAACGACAAGAGUGGAAAUAACAACACCUGCUCUAACAACUACUGCAGCAAUAACGACAACAGCAACAACAACACCAGCUGCAACGUCAUCUGCAACAACAACAUCUGUUCCAACUACAACAACAACAGGAACAACAGCAGUAACAACAUCUACUCCGACUACAACAACAGCAGCAACAACAUCUGCAACAUCUGCUCCAACAAUAACAACAGCAGCAACAACAUCUGCAACAACAUCUGUUCCAACUAAUACAGCAGCGACAACAACAUCUGCUCCGAUAACAACAACAGUGGUAACAACAACGCCCGCUCCAACAACUACUACAUCAACAACAGCAGUAAAAUCUGCUCUGACUACAACAACAGCAGCAACAUCUGCAACAACAUCUGCUCCAACAAUAACAACAGCAGUAACAACACCUGUUCCAACUAAUACAGCAGCGACGACAACAUCUGCAACAACAUCUGCUCAAACAACUACUGCUCAGACUACAACAACAGCAGCAACAACACCUGCUCCAAUAACUACUGCAUCAUCAACAGCAGUAACAACAUCUGCAACAACACCUGUUCCAACUAAUACAGCAGCGACAACAACAUCUGCACCGAUAACAACAACAGCAGCAACAACACCACCUCCUCCAACAACUACUGCAGCAACAACAUCUGCUCAAACAAUAACAGCAGCAACAACACCUGCAACAACACCUAUUCCAACUAAUGCAGCAGAGACAACAACAUCUGCUCCGAUAACAACAACAGUGGCAACAACAAUGCCUGCUCCAACAACUACUGCAUCAACAACAUCAGCAACAACCACAACACCUGCUCUGACAACGACGAGAGUGGAAAUAACAACACCUGCUCUAUCAACUACUGCAGCAACAACGACAACAGCAACAACACUAGCUGCGAUGUCAUCUGCAACAACAACAUCUCUUCUAACUACAACAACAGCAGGAACAACAUCUGCAACAACAUCUGCUCAACAGCAACAACAUCUCAGCGACAACAACAUCUGCAACAACAUCUGUUCAAACAACUACUGCUCCAACUACAACAACAGCAGCAAUAUCUUCAACAUCAACAUCUGCGCCAACUACAACAAUAGCAGCAACAACAACACCUGCUCCAACUACUACAGCAGCAAUAACACUAGCUGCGACGUCAUCUGCGACAUCUUCUCCAAUUCCAACAACAACAACAACAGGAACAACAUCUGGAAUAACAACAUCUGCUCCCACUACAACAACAGCAGCACCAACAACAGCAACAACUUCUACAACAACAACACCUGCUCCGACUACUACAGCAGCAACAACAUCUACAACAACAACACCUGCUCCAAGUACUACAGCAGCGACAACAACACCUACUCCGAAUACUACUGCAUCAACAUCAGUGACAACACCUGCUCUGACCAUACCAUCUGCAACAACAACACCCUCUCCAAGUAUAACAACAGUCGCACCAACAACCUCAACAACAAUAUCUGUUCCAACUACAACAACAGCAGCACCGGUAGCAACAAAAGCUGCGACAACAACUCCAGCUCCAACAAUGACAUCUACAACAACACCUGCUCCAACUACUACAGCAGCGACAACACCACCUGCUCUUACAACUACGACAGUGGCAACAACACCACCUGCUUCAACAACUACAGAAUCGAUAACAACACCAACUGCGACAACAACAUCAUCUGCAAAAACACCUGCUCCAACAACUACUGCAUCAGCAACAUCAGCAACAACUACUACAGCAGCGAUGACAACAACACCUGCUCUGACAACAGUGACAACAACAACACCUGCUCCAACUACUUCAGCAGCGACAACAACAUCUGCAACAACAACACCUGCUACAGCAGCGACAAUACCACUUACUCCGACAACUACUGCAUCAACAUCAGUGACACCUGCUCCGACUACAACAACAUCUACAACAACAACACCUGCUCCGAUUACUACAGCAGCAACAACAUCUACAAUAACAACACCUGCUCCAACUACUACAGCAGCGACAACAACACCUACUCCGAAUACUACUGCAUCAGCAUCAGUGACCACACCUGCUCUGACCAUAACAUCUGCAACAACAACACCCUCUCCAACUAUAACAACAGUCGCACCAACAACCUCAACAAUAACAUCUGCUUCCACUACAACGACAGCAGCGACAACUACUGCAACAACCGUAGCCACAACAUCUGUUCUGACUACAACAACAGCAGCAACAUCUACAACAACAAUAUCUGUUCCAACUACAACAACACCAGCACCGGUAGCAACAAAAGCUGUGACAACAACACCAGCUCCAACAAUAACAUCUACAACAACACCUGCUCCAACUACUACAGCAGCGACAACACCACCUGUUCUUACAACAACGACAGUGGCAACAACACCACCUGCUUCAACAACUACAGAAUCGAUAACAACACCAACUGCGACAACAACGUCAUCUGCAACAACAUCUGUUCCAACUACAACAACAGCAGCAACAACAUCUGCAACAACAACACCUGCUCCAACAACUACUGCAUCAGCAACAUCAGCAACAACUACUACAGCAGCGAUGACAACAACACCUGCUCUGACAACAGUGGCAACAACACCUGCUCCAACUACUGCAGCAGCGACAACAACACCUACUCCGAUAACUACUGCAUCAACAUCAGUGACAACACCUGCUCCAACUACUACACCAGCGACAACAACAUCUGCAACAACAACACCUUCUCCAACUACAACAACAGUCACACCAACAACCUUAACAAUAACAUCUGCUUCAACUACAACCUCAACAAUAACAUCUGCUCUGACUACAACAACAGCAGCAACAUCUACAACAACAAUAUCUGUUCCAACUACAACAACAGCAGCACUGGUUGCAACAAAAGCUGCGACAACAACUCCAGCUCCAACAAUGACAUCUACAACAACACCUGCUCCAACUACUACAGCAGCGACAACAACACCUGCAACAACAACACCUGCUCCGAGUACUACAGCAGCGACAACAACAUCUGCAACAACAACACCUGCUCCGACUACUACAGCAGCGACAAUACCACUUACUCCGACAACUACUGCAUCAACAUCAGUGACAAAACCUGCUCUGACCACAACAUCUACAACAUCUCCUUCUCCAACUACAACAACAGUCGCACCAACAUCCUCAACAAUAACAUUUGCUUCGACUACAACAACAGCAGCAACAACAGCAGCGACACCAACACCCGCUCCAACAAUGACAUCUACAACAACACCUGCUUCAACUACUACAGCAGCGACAACAACAACACCUGCUCUUACAACGACGACAGUGGCAACAACACCAACUGCGACAACAACGUCAUCUGCAACAACAUCUGCUCUGACUACAACAGCAGCAACAACAUCUGCAACAACACCUGCUCCAACAACUACUGCAUCAGCAACAUCAGCAACAACUACUACAGCAGUGACGACACCUGCUCCAACAACGACAUCUACAAUAACACCUGCUCCAACUACUACAACAGCGACAACAACACCUACUCUGACAACUACUGCAUCAACAUCAGUGACAACACCUGCUAUGACCACAACAUCUGCAACAACAACACCUGCUCCAACUACAACAACAGCAGCAACAAUAACAACAACAGCAGCAACAACAUCUGCAACAACAACAUUUGCUACGACUACAACAACAGCAGCACCAACAGCAACAACAACACCUGCUCCAACGACGACAUCUACAAUACAUGCUCCAACUACUACAGCAACGACAACAACACCUGCUCUGAUAACAACAACAGUGGCAACAUUAACACCUGCUCUAACUACAACAACAGUAGCAACAACAACAUCAACAACAACAUCUGCUUCAACUACACCAACAGCAGCAACAUCUGCAACAACAACAUCUGCUCCGACUACAACAGCAGUAACAACAUCUGCAACAACAACAUCUGCUCCAACUACUACAGCAACAACAACAACAUCUGCUCUAACAACGACAUCUACAACACAUGCUCCAACUACUACAGCAACGACAACAACAUCUUCUCCGACAACAUCGACAGUGGCGACAAUAACACCUGCUCAAACAUCUACUGCAUCAACAUCAGCAACAACAGCUGCUCUGACUACAACAACAGCAGUAACAUCUUCAACAACAACUUCUGCUGCGACUACAACAACAGCAGCACCAAUAGCAACAACAUCUGCUUCGACUACAACAACAGCAGCAACAACAUCUGCUCCGACUACAACAACAGUAGCAACAACAACCUCAGCAGCAACCACAUCUGCUCUGACUACAACAACGACAGUAACACUGACAACAAGAACAUCUGCUCCGACUACAACAGCAGUACCAACAGCAACAGCAGCAGCGACAACAACACCUGCUCCUACAACAACAACAGCAACAUCAACGACCGCAACAACAACACCUGCUCCAACAACGACUUUGGCCGCUCCACCUGUUUAUAACAUCUCAGCAGAUUUGCAAGGAGAACCUUUUUCAGCUAACCUCACUAACCCCAACAGCAGUCAAUAUAAAGAUCUUGAACAACGAGUUGUUAUCACGUGCAAUAUUAUAUACAAAGCAAGAUAUCAUAAUCUGUUUGACCGCUGCAUUGUGACGGGCUUCAG